AUAUGCAGUGCAAAGGAGAUGGUGAUUGCUGUAAGAAGUGCCUUUGCAUCAAUAAUGCAGGAGGGGUCGCAGUAUUACUACAAUCACAUGGAGAUCCUGGCGAUGGUGGGAACUAGCUACGCAGUUUGGAUAAUCCUGAAACUCCUGUGCGGGUGUUACAGCCUGGUUCAGCAGCAGAUCUGCCAGUUUUUGUUUAGCAACACCAGCAUUAUAAGGCAAUAUGGAGAGUGGGCUGUAGUCACUGGAGCCACAGACGGAAUUGGUAAAGCAUAUGCUGAGGAGCUGGCGAGUCAAGGUGUGAACAUCAUCCUUUUAGGCCGUAACACUGAGAAGCUUUGCAGUGUGUCUGAGUCAAUAACAUCUGCCUAUGGCGUGAAAACUCGUUUCAUAGUGGCUGAUUUCAGCAAGGGCCGUGAAGUGUUUCCUCCCAUUAAGGAGGCUCUUAAUGACGUGGAUGUCGGAAUUUUGGUUAACAAUGCUGGUGUGUGUUAUGACUACCCUGCAUGCCUUAUGGAAGUACCAGAGAUUAAAAGUUUGGAGAUCAUCAAUGUCAACAUUGCUGCAGCUGUUAUGAUGGUAUAUGUAGUGCUCCCGGGCAUGGUGCAGCGUAAGAGAGGAGCCAUUAUCAAUGUGGUCUCUGCAACGUGCUGCAAGCCAAUGCCUCUUGCGACUGUGUAUACUGCCUCCAAGUCUUUUCUGGAUCGUUUCACUAGAGCGUUACAGUAUGAAUAUUCCACUGAAGGGAUAUUUAUACAGAGUUUGACUCCUUUUUUUGUUGUCACAAAAAUGGUAGAAUGUGUUGAUUUCUUUACAAAAAAGUCCUUGUUGGCUCCACUUGCUAAAGAGUAUGCACAUAGUGCAGUGCGAACCAUAGGGAGAUCGCUGAGGACAACCGGACACUGGUCUCACUCCAUCCAGAUGUCUAUAGGUUACUGGAUGCCAGAAUGUCUCUGGAUGCGUCUGUGGAGUUACUGUAAUAACAAAACCCGAGCUAAGUUCUUAUCCAGAAGAAAACAUCAAUGAGAAAAAUAUACAGAAUCAUCUUUCCAGCACCCUUGUAAUCCUGUAAUAGCAUAUUAUUUGACAUACAAUAUCUUGGUCAUGUUCUAU